CCCCUCGAAGAGUCGCAACCACCGAAAGACACCGGCAUCGGCGAAACCCGAACAGGCAACUGAUACCACAUAUACACAAUUCUCUACUGUAGACACUUCCCACCGGAAUACACCCUGAAAGGACCAGGUCCAUAGAGCUGGAACGCCGACAACGCAAACGUGACACGAUUUGGCCUGUGGAUACCUAAACCGAUACUGGACCAUGGCGGCGGAGACGGAGAGUGCUGCAACCGCUCUGGCGUUCGUAGCUUCCACAGAUGGGGCGACCGGCCAUAGAACCUACGCGCCUCACCUCUCCAGGCCCAAAGUCAUGCUCCUGUUUGUGCACGGGUUUCUCGGCAGCGAACACUCGUUUGAAAACUUCCCGCUGGACUUGACCCAGAGCGUGAGGACGAAGCACCAUGUUUGGGACAUGGAGGCGAGGAUUUUUCCUCGAUUUGACACCAAAGGGGAUCCAACGCGUGCAGUUAAUCAACUAUGCAACUGGCUUCUGCUGAAUGCCACGCAGCCAGAGUACUCUGGCGUUGUGAUCCUAGCACACUCUAUGGGUGGCCUAAUGGUAGUGGAUGCUUUUCGAAAGAUGUAUGGCUUAGGAGACCCGGAACCUCCCUCAGAUAAGACGCUGAAAACAGGUGAAAGAAAGGAUAAAGGGGUCCCUAGCAAAGCCGCUCCGAGCUCGUGGUUUCGGGCAGCGGGUUCUUGGUGGGCAAAGAAGCACCCAAAGGAUACCAACAAGGUGGAUCUCAAGACGGCAACGGAGCAGGUGGAGAUUGAACAAACGUCGCCUACGCGGCCAGCGACGGCAGCCGGUCCUGUUCCGAACGAGGGGAUCGUCGGAGACGCGCUGGCCGAGGCACCAUCACUGCCAGCGCAAACUCCAGGCAUAUCGAAGCGACCACCGGUGAACAUUAUUGGCCUCAUCGCGUUUGAUGCGCCGUUCUUCGGACUCCAGUCGCGCGUCUACACCACAGCUGCAGGCACAAGGGCUGCGAAAGUGAUUUCCGAUUAUGUCCCGCCAUUACCACCGAUGCCUGCCAUUCCAACCCCUGGUUUGCCAUUCAGCAACGCCUUGCAAUCUAUUCCGCAGGUCGUCGGAGCUGGCGUGCAAGCAAGCACAAACGUCGUUGGAGCACUACCGCACGCCGCGUCGGAGGCUCUGCGGUAUAGCACCCGUGCUGUCGGUUCCAUACCCGAAGCGGCGCAAGGCGUCGUUGGCGCGCUUCCAGGAGCUGCAUCGCAGGGAUUUCAUAUGGGAUUCAAUGCCGUCACCGCGCUUCCUGGGGCGACUGCAUCUCUAGGAAGUAUGGGAUAUACUGCAGUCACGUCGCUUCCAGGGGCUACUGUUUCUUUAGGGAGUACUGCGUUACAGUCAGUCGCGCUGCUUCCUUCAAUGUUGACUUCACGAAUGAGGGGAGCAUCGCCGAAGCCGGACGAAGCUGCUUCUACAAACACGACGGACGCGGCAGCGCCGACAUCGGCGGAUCCAAUGAAUGUGGUGGCGGACGUAGACAGCUUACCCGUCGUCGUACCAGAGGCAGUUCAGAUGGAGGAAGUUUCUGCCGUGCCCGAUAAUGCGCAAUCUCCGGCAACACUUGCGCCCGAAAUGAUGCAAGAUGAAGCGGUGAUAUUCGCAGCCGCUGUAGCGGCCGCAAAUGCUGAAGUCAACCAUAGCCAGGAAACGAUCGCGAGGGACUCCUCGAACGAAGCUACCGAUGCUGUAGAUCCGUCCACGGUAGGAAGCGAACUAGCACCGUUAAUCCCAUUCCCGAAUGACCCAACCGAUACCCCAUCCGACGCAGCUGCCAGCGCAAUGGGCCUGCAUCCCAUCCCCAAAGAGUCGAAUUGGGCGCCUUGGGUCCGCUUAGGCUUGGCGGGCGCGGCAAUGGCUGCCGGCGCCUACUAUUCCGGCGGCCUGAUCUACGCAGGACCCGUCGUCCGCCGCGUUGCCGUCGCGUAUGCGCUGUCGCAUGCGGAGGAAGCUCGACAGCAUUUGCAGUUCUUGUACCCGUUGUGGGGAACGGGGACCAAGCAGCUGAAUGAUCGGUUGGGUGAUGUGAUGGCGGAGAUGGAAGCGGGGAGGCUGCGGUUUAAGUGUUUUUAUGUUAUGCUACCGCCUGCUCCGCUCAAAAUCACGGCGCCGCCAGACACGACCGCUGAGAAGGCCGACGGAAGUAAGGGCGAUGAUGUGCAAAAUUUUGGCAAGCGUGAGCCUGAGACUACCACGGAAGGCACGGCGGGUUCGCAAACAGCAAGCCAGUUGCCGGAUUCGGUGUUCACCGACGCGAAGGCACAUGUGUCGAGCGCAAGUAAGGACCGCCUCAAAGCCCGUCUCGCGACAGUGGUUGGCGCAUCCCCCAUCCCAACCCCAUCCCCGACUACGGAAAGCGAGAAACAGGCAGAAACGGCGCCGGCCACACCUUCAAAUUGGGAUGCACUUUCCAGUCUUACGACACCCUCAAUCCUCAAACCUGCCGAACCACCCACCAUCGUACAUCCACAACCGCUCAGAUCACCCGUCGCAGCCGCUUUUGCAGCAAAACUGGCCGCCUCGCGCCAGUCCCCUGCGGGAUCUGCGGCAUCAUCACUCGCCGCUUCUCCAUCCAUAUCUCCUUCCGGCACCCCGCCCGCCCCACCGCCCAGACCUCCCGCCGCCGUCGAGGACAGCCUCAACGACGACGACGUGUUUGAAUCCUCCUCCACCGACCGCAUCCGCCGAGCAAAGUCCGCCCCACUCCUAACCCGCCACCCAACCGACCCCACCCCCGAACCCGGCACAUCCUCCUCCACCACGAACCCCUCCCAAGACCCACCCACCACCCAAACCCCGACCGGCAAAAAGUUCGCAGAAUACCUCAAAUCCGCCCGCCCAUCCCCCGGUUCCCACCCGGCCCCGCCACCACGCACAUUCAUCGCCCUGCCCCCGCAGGAUUUCGCACACAUGUUCCUGUCGGUGCAUAGCGAUUGUGGGGAUGAGAUUGCGGCGCAUAUGAAUAUGUUUGCGAGGGAGGAGAACGCGAGCUCGUACUGGGGGUUGGUGGAUGCGGUGGCGAAGGAGGUUGUGGAGGCUGUGCGGACGGUGGAGAGUUUGCCCAGGCGGGAGUAGGGGCCGUUGUUGACGUGAUGUAGCUUUGUACGGCGUGGGAACCUUGCAUAGUCGUACAUAGUUUUUUUUUGGGCAAGGUUGUUCUAGUGCACAUUCUUUCAAAGUAAUACAUAUCUCAACUGCUUCACAA